UUCUAGUCAUUUUCAGUGUGUAAAUUAAUACAACCUUUUAAAAUUGAUAGAGAACGGCGAAAUGAGUUAAUUAUUACAGAAUGUAGCACUGUAAUCUUUAUCUAGUAACAUUACACAGUGUUAUGAUUAAAGCGCAUCCACACGUAAGUAACAGAAAAGGACAAAGUGUUCAAACGCACAGAUAAGCUCCUGGUGAAGCAACUGAGAUCCACGUGACACACUAUAAAUAUGGCGUUUAUUAAAGAGGAGAGUGAAGACAUUAUUGAAGGGGGAUUCAGAAUCAAACAUGAAGAUACUGAGGAACAAAUAAGGAUUGUGAUUAUUAAAGAGGAGAGUGAAGACAUGACGAUUGAAGAAGUGUUCAGAGUCAACCAUGAAGAUACUGAGGAACAAACAGACCUGAAAGAGGAGCGGGAAGUACUGAAUGAAAUGCAAGAUGAAGAUCAGUGUCAGAAACAUGACUUCAUAACUGGACAAAAAUCAUUUAGUUGCUCACAGACUGCAAAGAAUUGCUCACAAAAAAGAGCUCAAAAGACUGGAACUAGAAGUCGUUUCACCUGCCAGCAGUGUGGAAAGAGUUUGAGUCGACAAGAAAAACUUAAAGUCCACAUGAGAAUUCACACCGGAGAGAAGCCCUACAACUGCCAACAGUGUGGAAAGAGUUUCCCUGACAAAGCCAACCUUAAAAGACAUACAAGAAUUCACACCGGAGAGAGGCCUUUCGUCUGCCAACUCUGUGGAAAUUCUUUCACUGAAAAAGGAAACCUUAAAAAACACAUGAGAGUUCACACCGGAGAGAAGCCUUACACCUGCCAACAGUGUGGAAGUAGUUUCCCUCUAAAAGGAAACCUUAAAAAACAUAUGCGAGUUCACACCAGAGAGAAACCUUACACCUGCAAAAUAUGUGGAAAUGGUUUCACUGAAAAAGGAAACUAUAUGAGGCACCUGAGAAUUCAUACUGGGGAGCAGCCUUACACAUGCACUCAAUGUGGAAAGAGUUUUACACAUAAAAACACUUUUAAUACCCACUUGACAAUUCACACAGGAAAGAAGCCUUUCACCUGCCAACUGUGUGGAAAUGGUUUCAUUCAAAAAAAGAACCUUAAAAACCACAUGAUGAUUCACAGAGGAGAGAGGCCUUUCUCCUGCAAACAGUGUGGAAAGAGUUUCGAUCAACAAGGAAACCUUAAAGUCCACAUGAGGAUUCACACCGGAGAGAAGCCCUUCAUCUGCCAACAGUGUGGAAAAUGUUUCAGUCAACCGGGAAACCUUAAAGUCCACAUGAGGGUUCACACCGGAGAGAGGCCUUACCCCUGCAAUCUGUGUGGAAAUAGUUUCAUUAAAGCAGAAAGUCUUAAAAGGCACAUGAGAAUUCACACUGGCGAGAGGCCUUACAAAUGCCCUCAGUGUGGAAACAGUUUCACUCAACAGUCGAGCUUUAACAGGCACAUGAGAAUUCACACCAGCGAGGAGCAUUAACCAUGCAAACUGUGUGGAAGAACUUUACAACAAAACUAAACCUCAAGGCAAAAGCAUAUUUUGUUUUUACACAUAAGCGAGGGUCCAUGUACAGUGCGCGAGAUGUUUCACAUAUCAAAAAGACCUCAAUCAUCAUUUACAAAGUCAUUCUGGAAAGACAUUGCCAUGCUCCUCAGUGUAACAAGUUUACAAAAGGGAGCUAUUGUAAAAAUGACCUAAACAUUCACUCUGAAAGAGUGUGAUUUAAUUAUGAUCAGUGUAAUAUUUUAUUUUCACAUCACACAAAUACACCUGAAAAGUGCUGCAUGCGUGGAAAGUGUUUCAAAGAGUUCUGCAAUAGAAAGUUUUGUCAACUGAAAUUGCAGUAAUCUUUUUGGAGAAAUGAAGUCAUUAAUCACAACAAGGAGUUAUUAAAAUGUCAAAAAUGUUUCAGUCAGUCUUGACUUUUGUUUCAUGGGCUUUAAUUUUGUUGUAAUUUGUUAAUGUAAUUUGCUUUUGUAACACUAGAUGAUGGGGAAAAGUUAAAAAGACGACUGUACACAAUGUAUAAGUCAUAUUUACAAAAACAAUUAAUCACAUCUGCAUCCCUGCAUAUAAAAACAAGUGGUAAGAAUGUACAAUGAAAUUAAUAAAAAAAUACUGCUACAAAAAAAAUAGUGCUACAUUAAGCUAUCCUGCCUUAAGAAAACAAUAAAUAACAGUAAUAAAACUGUAUUACUGUAAUAUGAUACUGCUGCAUGACACUGUUAGCAUGGUAAUUUAGCCAUGUCUAAGCUCUGCAUUUCCUGGUAAUAGUGAUGUACCAAAAUUAAUUUUCACUAAAACUGCAAUUAAAAUUUUCAUUUGGUCAAAAACUGAAAC